AUGUCGUUUAUAACGAAAACUGAUCGUGUGCAGUGUAGCCGUGCUGCAGAAACGAACUGGGUCUACGUUGAAAACGGAAAAUAUCGCAUUUCUCGAAAGGCCCGCCAAAGACACACCAAAAUACAUUGUUUUUACGUCCCAAUACUGCGAGGUAUUGAUGACUACACCGUGCGCUUGGGAAGUAAAACAGACUUCAUUGAUGGAGAUCCGUUAAAGUUUGAUUUUUCUGAAGUACACUGUACCUCUCCAACCACCGGAGAGAAUUACACAAACUUAGUGUCUGGGAUAGCGUACAAUGCAUCUCUUUUCGCACGUGCCAACAGCACGCCAAGGGGGAGGAACGCUAUGGGUUUAAGUGUUCUGAUGAUAGGCUACGAUGGCGUUUCUCGUCUAACUUGGAUGCGCCACCUGCCAAAGACCUAUCAGUAUUUCACCAAGAACCUGAAGGGAACUGUUCUCGAAGGAUACAACAUCGUUGGUGACGGUACCACACAGGCUUUUCUCCCUAUCCUUACGGGCCUCACUGAAGAGGAGCUUCCGGAAUCCAGGCGCGGCAGGCCUGGCGCUGUGUCUGUUGAUGGAUUCCCAUUUGUUUGGAAGGAUUUCAAAAGGCAUGGCUAUAUCACUCAGUGGGUUGAGGAUGAACCCACCAUUGGGACGUUUCAUUAUAGAUUGCUUGGGUUUAAUGAAACACCUACAGACUACAACAUGCGUGUAUUCUACUUGAGAAAAAGGGAGAUGUCAAACAUGUUUCAGAGCUUUUGUCUUGGUUCCAUGUCCAACCAUCUAAACCAGUUAAACUGGCUCAAAGAUGCUUUUGUGGCGUACCCAGACAAACCAAAAUUCGUCCUCGGGUUUCAUAACGAAUACAGCCACAAUAGUCAGGACACAAGACUUCAAAACGCUGAUGAUGAACUUACCAAGUUUUUAAAGUACCUAGAAAAAGAUGGCCAUCUUGACUCAACUGUGCUUAUUUUAAUGUCAGAUCACGGCUGUCGUUUUGGAAAAUUGCGAGAGACCUUUCAAGGAAAGUUGGAAGAACGCUUGCCGUUCUUUUCAUUUCGUUUUCCGGAGAAAUUUCAAAAGCUUUAUCCCGAAGCUUAUAGAAAUUUUCUAAUCAAUGCGAAACGCCUGACAUCCCCGUUUGAUAUCCACGCCACUUUUAUGGACAUGUUGAAUUAUAAGCAGUCAGAAACUGAGGCAGACGGAAAACUAAAACGCGGCAUCAGUCUAUUUGAAGAGAUUCCCCUUGAGCGGACAUGCGCAGAUGCGGGGAUAGAGCCUCAUUGGUGCGCGUGUCAAAAGUGGGAAAGACUUAACAUUAGUGAUCCGGAUGUCACUGAGGCUUCGCACGAAGUUGUGUCAACAAUCAACAAGAUGACCAAAGAGAAAAGGGAUAAAUGUUCACGCCUGACAUUAGGAAGAAUACACUCCCAGGAGACGAGACAGCUGAAGAUUGUAGCGGGAACGAACCAAUGGAAGAGCAGUCUUGAUGACCACAGAGAUUAG